AUGCGGUCUGCCCUAGCAAUGGUGGCACAAGAAGGGAUCAAGGGGUUAUACAGAGGCCUAAGCGCAAGCUAUUUGGGUACUGUCGAGACAGCUCUUCACUUAGUCGUCUAUGAAAAAUUGAAAGCCGUGAUCAGGACUCGGUUACGUCAAGCUCCGGUUAGGAUCCACUCGCCACGAUACACUGGACUUUGUGGCCUCAUACCUCAUAUGGCUCGAUCCAUACCAUCAGUAGUCAUCACUCUCGGAGUGUAUGAAUUCGUGUUGAGGCUAAUGGGGCCUCAGUAG